ACACAAGCAUUCCCUAGUUUGUAGACCCUGGAGAUUUGAUGUGUUUUCCGUUGGAUCCACUCGGGAUUCCGCUUGCAAAGCCUAGCGUCACUCAGUCUGAUUAUGGGGCUCCUCGUGUGCGUUCAGUGGGCACGAUAUGGUCAUCAUCGCCCUGCUUUGCUUUAAUACGAAGCAAAAUUGAGAAGUCCUUAACUUGAAAAGUUGCAAUAACGAGACACAACAUACCCGUCAAUCGAUUAUGUCUCAAGACAGAACUAUGGAGCGCUUCCACGUCUCUGCCACCGGUCACAGCUUGAAUUACUUGCCAGAAUACAUUGCUCAACGGCAUGGCCUCUUUCAAGAGCAAGGACUGAAUGUCACAGUUACAGUCCCCAGCCCAUGGGAUCUGGUUUUGGAUGAGCUCGCAAACGGCACAGCAAGUGCAGCCCUCGGAGGAAUAUGGGUGCCUUCGAUGUAUCGCAACAGAUCGACAAGUUACACAGCCUUCGCACAGGUCGCAAACCGGUGUCCUUUAGCUCUGAUCAAAAGGGGCAGUUCUUCUGGAUUCAAACCAUCAGAUAUCGUUGGGAAGACAGUUCUGAUGAAGUCUGGCAACGGUGCAAGCGUAGGGCUUUUCUUUAAGAUGCUCUUGCGUGAGCAAGGUAUUGAUCCACACUCAGUACAUUAUGUGCAGGAUCUCGACGGCCUGAUGCUUGGGAAGCUGUUCAAAGGAGGAAUGGGCGACUACUUCGUGGUCGACAAUGUAACCGCUCGAUUGAUGGCAGCGGCGGAUCCAGAUCUUUCCAUCGCAAUGGAGAUGACCACAGAUGGAGGCGAGAUCCCAUGGAGCGUCUACUAUCGCGAAACUGCGAGUACAACACCUCAAGUGAUUGACGCACAGAGACGUUUCUGUAUCGCUCUCGGCAAGGCCAUUGACUUGAUCAUGCAACACGAUGCGGAGUUCUUUCGGAGCGACCUGGCGGAAAUCUUCCCAAAACUUCCAACUGAUGUUGCGGUCGACUUAGCGAACUUGUAUCGUCGCACUGGCAUGUGGACCUCUCCGGUUAUCAGCCGCAAGGGCUUUGAAAGGUGGCAGAAAGGUCUCUACGAUGGAAGGCUGAUUGAUGGACCAUUCGACUAUGAAGCUAUCGUCAAUAAUGGCCCCGCGUCAGAUGCUCAGGGUAUAAGGGAUGCUUCUGUCUUCCAAGAGAGUGCAGAACAGGUCAUCACGAAAGACACAGUAAUUGGGGUAACUGAAGUGGCGGCUGUCGAUGUCCUUCAAGGGUGAAUCGUGAAUAAUAAAUGCUAG